GGCCGCCCCGCGGCUCUGCGCAGGCCCCGCCGGGCCGGGCCGCCAUGUGGGUGUUCGGCUACGGCUCCCUCAUCUGGAAGGUGGAUUUCCCCUACCAGGAGAAGCUGGUGGGGCGAGUCCGGGGCUACAGCCGGCGCUUCUGGCAGGGCAGCACCGACCACCGCGGGGUGCCGGGCAAGCCUGGAAGAGUUGUGACCCUUGUUGAAGAUGCUGAGGGGUGCGUGUGGGGCGUUGCCUACAGAUUACCAGCUGGGAAGGAAGGAGAAGUGAAGGCCUACCUGGAUUUCCGGGAGAAGGGCGGCUACAGGACUACCACGGUCAUCUUCUACCCAAAGGACGCGUCGGUGCCGCCCUUCGACGUGCUGCUGUACAUCGGCACCCGCGACAACCCCAACUACCUGGGCCCCGCGCCACUCGAGGACAUCGCGCGCCAGAUCCUGGGCGCCGCCGGGCCUAGCGGCAGGAACACGGAAUACCUGUUUGAGCUCGCCAACUCCAUCAGGAGCCUCGUGCCAGAGGAUGUGGAUGAGCACCUCUUCUCCCUAGAGACACUGGUCAAGGAGCUCUUGAACAAGCGCCAAAGUCUCAACUGUCUAUAAAGUAAUCUCGUGCUUUUAGCGACCUGGUUCUGUCUUCAGAGGACGGGUUUUGUUGGCCACGGGUGUGUGACAGGGAGGAACGUUCCUCUGUACUGGGCUAUCCUCAUUAAUACUGCAUAUCUUAAUUAAUGCUGCAUUCAGAAUAGGAGUUGGUCACUUAAAACAAAACUACCAAAAUCACUCUUUAAGAGUCCAGAGAGAGGGGAGUGAGGAAAGUGGUUUAGGUUUGAAUUUGGUGUUUUAGCUUUUCACCCAAAGACUACACCUCAAGACAACCACUUAAACUUCUCUUCAUGUUUUAUUAUUAUUUCAGGUUUAAAAUAAAUAUUUAGAAUGUUUUUGAGGUCAAAAUCAGCAUGCAGAGACAAGUCCCAUAGAUUUAAGUGAUAGUUUCUUGUCAUUCCAGACCACAAUGCAAGAAUUUUAAGUGGUUGUCCUAAAUUGCGUAGUAGAACAUUUAAAUCAACAUUUAGCUUCUCUGAAAUGACGUUAUGCCACUGAAUUACUCAUUUCACCCUUUAUAUAAAUGCAGAGGAUAAACCAUUUUAUUGUCAAAGAAAUAAUUCCUUCCCUUGGCUGCUGAUGUCAAGCCCUGGAAACCAAAGCUCUGGGCACUCUGACUCAAACAAGCCAUAACCUAUCAGUGACUCGUUUUAAUUUUUAAUCCUAAUCUAAAGAAUAACCCCAAAAUAUCAAAAUUAACUAAGAGCAUGACUUGAAGUCACAACACAGUAAGAAUAGAAACUCUCAUCUCUCUUACUUCAGAUGCUGUUGUGGCCCCAUCUCUUCAAAAAUCCCAGCUCCAAGGACAGACUUUAAGCCUGUUUCAGGGAUUCACCAACAGAAGGUAAUUAAGGAAGGAACCCUCUUUCCAGUAACCUUAGGGGUGUGUAUGGACAUCCCGAGAGGGUUGGGAAGCCCCCAGUCUAGGCCAGUAGGCUUCCUGAUGCAAUCCAUCAGCACAAAGAGUAUCCAUCCUCACAGGGAUUUGUCUCGCUUCUCAAAACUUUUAUUUUUAUUAACUUUUUAAAAAGUAUAUUUUUAUAUCUUGGUAUGAAAGGUCCUGUUUCAAACACCACAUACCGUCCUGUUUUCCCAUGCAGGGAAUGUUUAAGUGUUUAGUAGCAGCCUCGAAGCCUGGAUGCUGCAUCAGUAAUUGCAAAAACAUGUGUUUUUCCCCUAAAAAGGUCGACCCUUUCUCUUCUUUACAUUUUCCUGGUUUAUAUUUGUAAAGGUAAAAAUGUGCAAUGGCACUCUCUGCUUUCUUGAAAAUCCUUUUUAAAAAUUCUUUCCUCAAAGACUUAUCCUUGUUCCUUAAAACCGGGCAGGGGAUGCUUGUGCUCAGUAAUGAUCCAGAACCGUCAGGGCCGAUUCCCUCUUUAAAACGCUAAUUAUUUAAAUGCUGUGAUUCUGUGUAGCUCCACAUUCUCUCUCUUUAAUUGUCUCCAAGGCUUUGUUGGUUCAUUUGCUUCCCAAAUCCAUAAACAUUGCAAUAAUAUAUGGUCCAGUCUGUGUGUGUGUGUGUGUGUGUGUGUGUAUGACUUCAGUGCAAUAAAAAGGCAUUACAAUGA